AAGCAUCUCUGGAAGCGUUGUUUGACCCAUUGUAACUAUCUCAUGAUCUUCCCCUAGCAUAUACCCAACUACCCAACAACCAUGGACCACACAGACCCCUUCCUCCAAGUCCAAGCCGACGUCCUCUCAACCCUCCAAUCCACACGACCUCUUUUCUCCUCCUAUCUCCGCAUUCGCUCCCUCGCCAAAUCUCCCAAUAACCCGGAGCUCCAACAAGCGCGCUCCGAGCUCGAGACCACCCUCACCGAUCUAACCGCGGACCUCGACGAUCUAGUCGAGAGUGUGCGUGCAAUCGAGCAAGAUCCAUAUCGAUUCGGUCUAGAACUGGAAGAAGUCCAGCGCCGACGAAUUCUCGUUAACGAUGUCGGUGCCGAGGUGGAGAAGAUGAGGGAGGAGUUGCAGAGGGCAGUUACAGCUUCGAGUGGUGGGAAGGGCACGACUGGUGCGCUGCCGAACCCGGCUGACUUUGAUAAUGUCUUGUCGCCGUCGGCGGAGGAUCAGGGAGAUGAUUACUAUGCUGCGAUGGAGCAGCAACGACAGAUGGAGUUGAUGCACGAGCAAGAUGAGCAGUUGGAUGGGGUGUUUCGCACGGUAGGGAACCUGCGACAGCAGGCUGAUGAUAUGGGGAGAGAGUUGGAGGAACAGGGGGUCAUGAUAGAUGAGGUGGAUACGUUGGCCGACCGAGUGGGCGGCAAGCUGCAGAAUGGCAUGUCGAGGCUGAAAUACAUCAUACGGAAGAAUGAGGGUAAGUGGUUACACUCUGACAUUUUUACAUUGUGCCUUUUCGGAAGAAACACGUUGGCUGAUUAUCAAUUAGAUACAAUGUCAUCCUUUUGCAUUGCCGUCCUCAUAUUCGUUUUGGUCCUCCUCCUCAUCCUGCUCGUUGUUCUUUAA